CCGGCUGGAGAAAGCCGCUUAGUCUCAAAUCGGCUUUUGUCCCGUGGUGAGGUGUCGUGUGUUCCAUCCAAAAGUGUUUAUUUACGUAUUACCACCUCAAAAAAGGCUUUGUACUACUGCCAAGAAUUACUACACAAGGAAUUACCCAACGUUUUAAAGGCAGGUCCCACUCGCUCUGGCACAUCGAAUUCAAAAAGUGAGGAAAGCAGGAUGGUCUGCCGGGUCGACGAGCUGCUGGCUCGCUGGUUCUACAAGCUGGGCGUGCGGGUGGCGAUGACACCGGGCUAUUUCAUCAUAGUUCCCAUCCUUCUGUCGUUGCUCUGCAUCACCGGCUACCAGAGGAUCCACUACCAGAUGGACCCAGAGUACCUUUUCAGCCCUGAGAACGGCGACGGGAAACACGAGAGGGCCGUCGUCGAAGAGUUCUUCAAGAUGAACUACUCGAGCAGAUUCAAUCCAACGAGGAUAACGAGAGCGGGACGAUUCGGACGUGUGAUUAUCCUGCCGAAGGUCGGCGAUGACCUUCUGUCCGUCGAAGUCUGGCGAGAACUCCGCCUCCUCGAUUCGAUAGUGAGAAAUUCGUCGAUCGUAUUCGGCGAAGAGAAGGAGCGCUUCUUCUACCAUGACAUCUGCGCCCGGUGGUUGGACAAUUGCUUCGAAAACGACAUCCUCAACCUGGACAAGAUCAUGGACGAAGUGGUCGCCGGCACCCUCAACCUCACAUUCCCGAUCAUGAUCAACCCGGAGACCUGGGACGCCCACAUAUUCCCGGUCUACUUCGGCGGGCCCGUCGUCCGGGACGGCUUCAUCGUCAAAGUGCCCAGCAUGCAGCUGGCCUACUUCGUCAACGCCGACUCCAAAUACCAGGAUGAAAGAGGAGCUAUGUGGGAAGAGGCAUUCCUCGAAGCGGUCGGUGCAGCUGAGGAUUCCGGGGUCUUCAAGUACAUCUCGACUGCACGCUUCGCAUCUCGUACGCUGGACAUUGAGCUAGAGCGAAACACCCAGAGCGUGGUGCCUUACUUCGGCUCGACUUUCGUCAUCAUGGCGAUCUUUUCGACAAUAACGUGCAUGAUGACUGACUGGGUCCGCAGCAAACCUCUUCUCGGGGUCCUCGGCAACGUCUCGGCCGCCAUGGGCACCGUGGCCGGAUUCGGGUUGGCCAUCUACUGCGGGAUCGACUUCAUCGGUAUCAACCUCGUCUCGCCGCUCCUCAUGUGCAGCAUCGGGAUCGACGAUACUUUCGUUAUGUUGGCGUCUUGGAGGAGAACGCCGGUCACGGAUUCUGUAGCGGAACGUCUAGGGAAGACGAUGUCCGAAGCCGCCGUCUCGAUCACCAUCACCUCCGUCACGGACAUCAUCUCGCUCUGGAUCGGGAUACUCAGCCCUUUCCCCAGCAUCAGGAUAUUCUGCCUCUACAGCAGUUUUGCCGUCUUUUUUAUUUUCACUUGGCACAUCACCUUCUUCGCCGCAUGUAUGGCCAUCUCGGGCUACUCGGAGCAAGAAAACAGACACUCGAUUUGCUGCGUCAAAGUCCUGCCUGUGUCUCAAUCAGGUGACAAAUCAUGGUUGUACAGGGUGUUCUGUGCCGGAGGGAUCAAUCCGAAAGACCCCAACAACCGUCUUGACAGCCCUGGAAACAUGCUCAUGAAUUACUUCAGAGAUUCACUUGCACCCUGUCUUUCAUGGUGGCCUGUCAAAAUGUUUGUUCUGAUAACAUUCAUCCUCUACCUCAUCGGGGCCUGCUACGGGCUAACGACGCUCCAAGAAGGCCUGCAGCGUAGAAAGCUUUCAAAGGCAGACUCGUAUUCGAUCAUCUUCUAUGAUAGAGAAGACUUCUACUUUAGAGAAUUUCCUUAUAGGAUGCAAGUUGUUGUGAAUGGAGAUUUAUAUUUUUCUGAUGUGAAAACUCAGGAAAAGAUUGAGAAUCUCACUCAAGCUUUUGAAGCAUCUCCGUAUAUCUCAAAUGCACUUUAUACUGAAUCUUGGCUCCGUUCUUUUAUCGGCUACAUAAAUAGGAAUAAAGAGUACCUGAACACUUCGAUUGACACUGAGCCAGAAUUUAUUGAAGCUCUAAAUGAUCUGUGGCUUUUCAAGCCAAACCCAUUUUCUCUUGAUGUGAAAUUCAAUGAGAACAAAACGAGAAUAGUAGCAAUGAGAUUCAUGGUACAGGCAGUGAAUAUCAGUGAUGGAAACAUGGAGAAAGAUAUGGUCAGGGAUUUGAGAAGAAUAGCAAGAGAGUCAGAUCUCAAUGUUACCGUGUUCCAUCCUUAUUUUGUCUUUUUUGACCAGUUUGAACUUGUAAAGCCGACAUCCAUCCAAUCGAUGAUAGUAGGAGCUGUGAUUAUGAUGAUAAUUUCUUUUAUCUUCAUUCCAAACUUUAUAUGUUCUCUGUGGGUUGCGUUUUGCAUAGUGAGCAUAGAGACGGGAGUCGCCGGGUACAUGGCUCUCUGGGACGUCAACUUAGACUCGAUAUCCAUGAUCAAUCUAAUUAUGUGCAUCGGAUUUUCAGUAGACUUUACCGCCCAUAUAUGCUAUGCUUAUAUGUCAUCUAAAGCAGAGACCUCAAAUGAAAAGAUUAAAGAGUCACUAUAUGCCCUCGGUCUCCCGAUAUUUCAAGGAGCGAUGAGCACGAUACUCGGCGUCAUCGCUUUGGUCUUAGCAGACAGUUAUAUUUUCUUUGUAUUUUUCAAAAUGAUCUUCCUCGUAAUACUGUUCGGAGCUUUGCACGGUAUGUUCCUAUUGCCGGUUCUGCUGUCGCUCUUUGGCCCCGGGAGCUGCAAGAGGAAAAAAGUCGACUUAGUGAUCGCCGAGAAAUUUCCUCACCCGUACUGCAUUCCGCAUCCUCAGUUCAGCAAGCAUAUGGUCACUUACGAAAGCGAUGCCCUGCCUGGGAAAUAUAUUACGGAUGACAGAGACCUAGGCCUCGGCACCUCGGGGGAAGACUCGAGCGAGUCGAGCUCGUCCAAGUCCCAGAGAAGGCAGGUCGAGGACGAAGACGAGCGUCAGAGGCAAAGAUACCUCGACGGCUGGAGGAGGCCGUCGCACAUACGUUCUCACUCAUACCACAACGGCGGGUAUUUGAGUGACGAGGAUGUACGACCUUGGAGACGUUCCUACGACCACCGCUUCACAUGAAACCUCCUGUUGUAUUACCUGUGCUCAAUGACUGAUAGAACUUUCGAGACUCGAAGGUCGAUGUUGCUCUAGUGCAACUAUAGGGUUACUUAUUUUGAUUUGUAUAUAAUUUAUUACUUUUUGCAUCUUAGUAAAAAGUGAUUAAUUUUUUUUUAUUAAAAAAAUGUCUUGUAUAUAAAUAUUGUCUAGUG